GUGAUAGUAAGCUUACAAUUGCUCCGCCACAGUUUUUAAACGCCGGCACGAGUCUCCGUUGUUUCGGGGUUCCGGGGAUGUUUCCGAGUGUGAGACUUAGGGUUUCGACGAGGUGCGAGAAAGAAAAUGCACCUAACGGUGGGAUUGAAGAUGAGGCGGAGCGAUUUGCGAGGCGAGAGAGCACGAUGCCUGAUAGAUUCAGAUAUUUGACCAAAGAAGCUCCGGAUAGCCCAAUUAUCUGGCCUUGGUUUGUUGCGCUCGGGUUUCUCGUUUAUGCGUGGAGAGCAGUCUUGUUUGAACUAUCCAACUGGAGAAAGGCGGCUUUCGCUAUCCUUGGGUUUGUGGGAGACCUUUCGAAGUUUGCAUUGGCCCUUGUCUUCCACUUUAUAGGCGAUCCCAUCACUUUUCUCAUUAGCCUUGUAGAGACUGCAAUGUACAGUGUCAGGGCGUUCUAUUCCGGGAUUGUGGCUUAUACCCCGGUGAGAGAGUUAACCACGGUGAUCCUCCUUGCAUCGUCAGUGCUUGCUAUAGGAGAAGCAGUUGAACCAAACUCGAUCAGCAAGCAGCCGUAUGUGGUAACUAUUGCGGGUCUCGUGGGGUAUGCAGCGGUGCAGAGUUACAUUUCAGAGCCGUUCUUCUGGACUGUCUUGUUGGGUUUGUAUGGGUAUUCGCGGUUGAUAAAGAAGAGAGAUGAUGUGACCUCUGCUCUUCCUUCUGCAGCUGUUUUGGCAGGAGUAGGGGAGCCAUGGGUGAGAGUGGUGGCUAUCACAGGGUAUCUGGCUCUAGCCAUGUAUCACAAUUCAACUAAGACCUCCUCAGAAGAAGAGAGUCAGAGCUUAAGGAGGGCACCACCAAUGCCGUUGUUGGCUGCAGCAUUAGCCAUUGGCGUCCGACUUGCUGCAAAAUGGGCUGGAUACAGACACUUGACUUGGAUGAUUGUUUGAUUCUCUGGUGAAACAAAGAACUUUAGAGACCAACAAAACUAGUUUGUGUUGUACUUGUACCUUUUCCCCAAUGUUUGAAGAGAAUUUUUGAUAAUACAAGAAAAAGAUUAGU